AUGGCGGAGCAAAAAGGAAUGGAUCCGGAUACAAAAUACAUUAAGCUGCAGGUUGUGGGAGGGGAGGUUCCCGGAGCAACGCUUGCCCAGCGGGUUGGACCACUUGGGUUGUCAUCGAAGGUGGUUGGAGAAGAUAUAAAAAAGGCUACUGCAGACUACAAGAGCUUGAAGGUCCAUGUGCAGCUUGCAAUAAAGGAUAGGAAAGCAACAGUCGAAGUCCAGCCUAGUGUUGCGACACUGAUAAUCAAGUCUUUGAAAGAGCCCCCGCGGGACAGGAAAAAGGAAAAGAACAUUCUCCAUAACGGAAGCCUUAGGAUGACAGAGGUGGUCGAUAUAGCAAGGAUUGCUCGGUCUAGCAGGUCCUAUUCGAACAGCCUUUCUGGAACGGUGAAGGAGGUCCUUGGGACGUGCAAGUCGAUUGGAUGUAAAGUCGACGGCAAGUGUCCGAAGGAAGUUACGCGUGAGAUUGAUGCUGGAGAAAUCAAGCUACCUGAUCAAUAA